AUUGGCUCGAGGUUCUUUCUCAAAUCCGCCCGUGCUGUGACGUAAAGCCCGCGGUUUACAAACUUUCUUAGUAGCAAGAAAUAAACAAAUCAGAUUUCAUUAUCUUUCUGUGAUACAAUUGUUUAAAUUAUUUUUUAACCAACUAAUGUCACUCUACUCGUUACAGUGUCGGUUGUAUUGCUUAUCUUAUAGGAGUCGUCGGUUUUUCCUCGGAUUCUCUUCCUUAGCAACCAAUCCAGAAGCCAGCAAGAUAAGUCAACACAGAAGUAACGUUAGCGAGCUAACGAUUAUCAGUACUGUAGCUAGGUAGUUUAGCUAUCUAAAAUUGUUAACAAAUUAUUUCAGGUUACGAAUAUAAAGACCAAAACUGACAAUGUCGCUGUGGGCUGAGUCUUGUUGGAAAGAAUAUAAAGGAACCCCUAAUACUAAAGGGAGAACAGUUUGCGUUGCCCAGGAUGACUCCUUGGAUCUCUUGGAUGAUGAAGACUCAUUUGACUUGAACAGGUCUUACCCGUGUGCCCGACGGCACAAGAACGGCCUGCAAAAGAAGGGCCUGGGACUAGGCCACUGGCGUUUUACUGGAUCCAUGACAGCUGACUCUCAGGACGCCCGUAGCUCUGUAGCUAUGAGAGACAUUCAGAUCUCUAGCCUGCAUGGCUCAGGAUCUCCCGGUCGUUCAGACAGCUUGCCAAUGUACCCCUCCACGGUGUCAGAAUCAGACAGAAGCCCGCUCAGCCAGCUGAUCUGUGGAGCCUCAAGUCUCUCAGGACAUCCUGCUGUCCACAACCCCAACAAGGCAGUCCUUACUGUGGACUGCAAGAGCACAAAGAUAUUGGCUGCCAAUAAGAAGGCAUGCACACUGUUUGAGCGUACCUGCAGUGAUCUGAUUGGUCGAAAUCUGUCCUCCUUACUGAAGAAGACUAGUCAGGUCCUGGAUGAAGCUUUAAGUGAGGCAUAUCUUCAAACUGAUGGAAAUGUGGCUGUGGUGUCUGGAAAAGUGAUGGAUGUGCUGAGUCAGUCUGAGGCUGAGGUCCCAGUGUCCAUCUGGGCCCAGAGGCAGUCACAGGAAGGACAGAAUUGCCUGGUCACAAUUGAGCGGGUGGAGCGACUCUCGGCCCAGGUUUCCUUCUCUCAAGAUGGGAGCAUCUUGAGCUGUGACCGGGCCUUUGCCCACCUGCAAGGUUACCGGCAGUCUGAGGAGCUGACGGGGAGGUCUAUCAGAGAGCUCCUCCCCUCUCUACAGAUCCCCCUCCACAGCCGUGCUCUCCCUAAGAUGCUCAGAGUCCAGAAGGUGUCCAGUCAAAGCCUGGGGGGGCCCUCCUUCCCCCUGUGUGUUAGACUCCAGGGGGCCGUGGUGUGUGGGAAACCCCCGCCACAGAAGGGUGGACGCCGGUCAGGUUUCCCUGGAGGAAUGGACAACCAGCAAGGUCUCCUCCCAUCCCCCGUGUGCAGUUCACCACAGUCCCCACAACCGGAACACUCAGAGGAGUCCCAAGGAAAUGAACUGUCUGUCUCUGAAGUCGUAGAGGACAGUCUUCUCUCGCCAGGUUCAGGGCUGGUGUAUUCUGGGACGGUGUGGGUGUUCGCCCCUCUCAGUUGUCUCUUGACCCUCCACCCUGAUGGCUCCAUCCACAGCAUCCCCAACCAGCUGGCCCUGACCCUUCUGGGCUAUGGUAAUGCUGAGCUACAGGGAAAGGAUGUGACUUUCCUGAUGCCUGCUUUCUAUGAGUGGUUCUGUGACUUUGAAACUGGAACCUGUCCCCUCGACCGUCGCCCUGAGGGGGCUUGCUUUCUACACACGGGCUCCUCGCAUCCAUCCACCACCAGCAACGCUGACCCCUGUAGAUGCUCUAGUCCUGGUGCCCCGGCAGCUAGCGUGGCCCCCCAUCCCAGACACUCUCUCCCAAUGGCCUGCAAACCUAAAGAUGCGAAAGACCCCAGCGGUCUGCCGGCUGGUGACAUGGCACUGGUCCAGCGGUCCGGCCUGGGGAGAGGCAGGAUCUACACUGGGACCGGUUCCAGGCUGGAGCAGCCAGGCUACCCCCCCUCCACCCUGAGCCCUCCUGGGGUGUCAUCCACCCAUACUCAUAUCAGGGCUGAGGAUGCUACAGAGCUGGUGGAGGACGCAUCAUCGCUGUCUUUGUGUCCCAGCCAGGGUGACCGUCUAGACACCACCCGUGUCCUGCUACAGACCUUCGCCCUGGUGGAGGGGGGCGAGACACUUUGUCUGUCACCUAAUAAUCCUCCAAGAUGUCAGCUCCUCAACGGGGAGGGACAAGGCACUCCAACGCUAGACGAGCGGAGCCCUGGCCGACCCUGCCGCCCCACCCCGCGCCAUGCCAAAGACCCAGGGCACCAGGGUGACCUGUCGGCCCUGCACAACUCCAGCUUUGAGAUGAUCUCCCUGGGCAGCCGCUCGUCGUCUGGGUUCUGUGAGAAGUGUCAUGGGGGGUCCAGUCCGGAGGUCAACUCGCUGUCAACUGAGGUUGUGGAUUCUGUCAGCUGUUACCUGGAACUGGGAUCUAAUGGGGAACUGGUGACCCGGGCCAUGGCUGACCUGGACCUCAGUGGAAGCGUAGAGCUGUCUGAUGAUGCGGGUGAGGAUGUAUCCCGCACCUCUGUUGAUACUGCUGAGCUCCUGCGCACCCCCUCUCCAUGUAUAGUAGAGUCCGAACCGGAUGAGGGACCCAUCUACGUGGAGGUCCGGACCGAUCCAUUGAAAGACGCUGACGGGGAGGAAGAGCAGGACCAAUGGGCUGUGUUUUCUGCUCUCCAAAAUGGCCACAGCCAGGACUCCACGCAGAUGACCGGGGGAACGCAGUUGCCUUCAGACCCCACUCAUACCACCUCCACCCCUAAGAAGCAGCAGGGGGACGGCUGCUCUCCGCCCUCCUCGGCCUCGCGUCAGAUCUCAGAGGGGUGCUAUGAGGGGACCAUGUACCACAGGGAUGGGGCAAGAAUCGAGGUGCAGUGUGAGAUCCGUCGGGCUGAUGUCCUCGGGGGGCGGUGUGUGUUCUGUGUGUGGUUGAGCAGGCCUGGUCAGCAGGAGGCCAUGCAUUCUAAUGGAGCUUCCCCACAGGACACGUCCGCACUCAGUCUGGGGGAGGCUAUCAUGGAGGCCAGCCGCGGCGGUGCCGGCGAAGCGCUGCUCUCCACCAUGGACCUGGAGCAUUCCCAUGCGUGCGAGGGCCAGUUCUCAGAGGAGUACCGGCCGCUGCAUGCCGUGGGCAAAGGAGCCUUCGGCUUUGUCUGGCAGGCCUGCCGGAUCUCUAACGGACAGAAGGUGGUGGUGAAGUUCAUCAGGAAAGGCCGGAUCGUGAGUGACUGCUGGGUGGACGACCCCGUGCUGGGACGAGUCAGCCAGGAGAUCGCUAUCCUCACCCGCCUGCAACACCACAACAUCGUCAAGGUGCUGGAAGUGUUUGAGAAUGAGGGUUACUUCCAGAUGGUGAUGGAGAAGCAUGGAGAGGGGCUGGACCUCUUCGAGUUCAUAGACAAACAGCCCCAGUUGGAUGAGCCUCUGGCCAGCUAUAUCUUCAGACAGCUUGUGGCAGCGGUGGCGUAUCUAAGGAACAAAGGGAUUCUCCACAGGGACAUCAAAGAUGAGAAUAUUAUCAUCAACACUGAGUUCCACAUCAAACUCAUAGACUUUGGCUCUGCCACGUUGCUGACCGCAGACAAGCUCUUCUACACCUUCUGUGGAACACUAGAGUACUGCUCUCCAGAGGUUCUGCAGGGCAACCCUUACAAGGGCCCGGAGUUGGAGAUGUGGUCUCUUGGGGUGCUCCUCUACACAUUGCUGUUCAGUGAGAACCCCUUCUGUGAAUUGGCAGAGACCAUGCAGGCCGAACUCAAGCCCCCAUUCUCUGUCUCCCCAGAUCUGCACGCUGUGCUUUUAGGGCUGCUGCAGUGUGACCCCCAGCACAGGAUGACCCUGGAGCAGCUCCUGAUGCAGCCCUGGAUUCGACAGCCCAUUUGUCUGGCCGAUUACAGCUGGGAGGAGGUGUUCCCCGACAGCAAGAGCCAGGCUCCCCCAGACUACCAUAACUCUGAGUUCCUAGGCCAGGGACUGUACCCAGAUGCUGGUGAUGAUGCAUCGCUUCCUUCUGAUGAUGAUGAUGAUGAUGAGGAUGAGAAGAGGGCCAUGGAUGCCCUGAAAAUUGAGCUUAUGAAGUACCUUGCUGAUGAAUGAAGUCUAAUGUUCCACGUUGCAUCUACAUAGUCUGACACUUCCUCUCAUAUUCCCUUUAUAAACGCCACCCUGAUCUGAAAACUAUCCCGAUGGAACCUACCUUAGACUAUUGAGAUGCACCCCCAGAUCUCGUCCAUGUAGAUACACCACUAACAAAAUUCUGGGGCAGCAUCUACAAUGUUUUGGAUUAGGAGUUCUUGUCUAGGAUCUGUUCAUGUUGUCAUUAUGAUCUUAAAGACAAUACUGUUUGUAGAUCGGCACUGAGAGGCUUGGUGAAUAUAUGCCUUGGACUGACUGAAGAAAUGUUAAAUACCAAGUCUGCCUUUACUACCUAAAAACAAUUUUACUAUGGAUUUGAGGGCGGGGUUGUGAUGUAGAAUACAACAUAUUUAUUGACUUUGAGUGCAACCAAAGAAAGAGAACAAAUUUAAUAGUGGGUGGGCUAUUAUUAGCUAUAGUCUAUAAGAACUGUGUAGUAUAACAUGGAAAUAUCAGGGGGGAAAUGUUGCUGACAAAGCCUGCUUAUUUAUUAUAAGCUGAAUAAUAAGGUUCACAAAAUAAUUAUUUAUCCACAGAAAUUAAAAUUCAGUAAUAAGCAGUAGUCUAAAUACAAUCACUUUGCUUUAAGCUGUUAUCCGAUAUAUUAAAGCAGACACCUUAAUCAGGUAUAGUAGUGUCAAUACCUUAUUUAAUGUAUUUAGUG